AUGCCGGAGCUUGAAAGUUCCGACGUACAUUCCACCGGCGCCGAUGCCUAUGCAGGUCCAAUGACGCCUUCCGAGGCGUCAGUCGACCACGAAAACGGCCCGGACGAAGAGGUACCCGCUUACACGGAAGCGAAAGGACCAAACAAGCCUGUCAUACGCUUAACCUACCGUUUCCGGAAUGGGGCGGAAGAUAUCGAAAGAGAAAACCGGCAAGCAUCAUGUCUUGUGAUGGUCCUUGUCGACAAACAAGUUUCCGCUGACAAAACGCACGUGGAGAACGAGCUCAUUGAGAAGAUAUCCACAAAGCGGACAUGGAUGGGGAAUGAACUCGAGGAAGAGAUGUCCAAAAAGCGGAACCAAAGGAAGAACGAACUGAACAAGACACCGAUAAUGCGGCUAAGAAGGCGAAUAUGCACUCGGCAGAGGAGACAGAAAGACACCAAGAGUUGGAGAAGUUACAUGGGGAGAUCCGUCAAGUUCGACAGUCUAAUGUAA